GAAUAGGAUUUAAGACAGGUAUACCAGAGCAAAUAAAACACAAGCUCAGGGAUCUUCUGGGCUUGAAGCAUUGACCGCUAAUGCCAAACAAAAAACUUUGUUUAUUUAAUUGUUUAAUUAUUCUUUAAAUUAAAUUUAUUUACUGGAGUUGGAAUACAAUAUCCAACUGAAGACAAUACAUAAGAUGGCCAGACCUCAUGAUACCGAGACUGAAACUAUGGAGGUAGCAUACAAAGUCUUUAAUGACCCCAUCCACGGACACAUUGAACUCCACCCGCUGCUGGUCAAAAUCAUAGACACACCUCAAUUCCAAAGACUGAGGAACAUCAAGCAGCUCGGAGGGGCAUACUACGUUUUCCCCGGAGCAUCUCAUAAUCGCUUUGAGCAUUCCAUUGGAGUUGGGUACCUGGCUGGAAAGCUUGCUAAAUCUCUGCAAAAGAAACUUCUGAGAUUGCCAAAGCCUAAACCGGAGAUCACUGAGAGUGACAUCCUCUGUGUGCAAAUCGCUGGCCUCUGCCAUGAUCUUGGACACGGACCUUUCUCUCAUCUGUUUGAUGCGAUGUUCAUUCCUAAAGUACUUCCAGACUUGGCAGUCAAAUGGAAGCACGAGCAGGCAUCGCUAAUGAUGUUUGAUCAUCUGAUUGUUGAAAACAAAUCGGAGCUGGAGAAGGUGGAGGACUGGCAGGUGCUGUCAAACAAUCAAGAUUUCAUCAAGGAGCUGAUCGUUGGGAGACAGGAUGGUCAGCAAAAAAGAAUGAAUCGAUACAAAGAGAAGUCUUUCCUGUAUGACAUCGUGGCCAACAAAACGAACGAAAUCGAUGUGGAUAAAUUUGAUUACUUUGCGAGAGACUGCCACCACCUGGGCAUCAAGAAUAACUUUGACCACAACCGCUUCAUCAAGUUUGCCAGGUUGUGUAAGGUGGACGGGGAGUACCAAAUCUGUACCAAAGAACAGGAAGUUGGAAAUCUGUAUGACCUUUUCCACACAAGAAACAGUCUCCACAGAAGAGCCUACCAGCACAAAGUAACAAACAUUGUUGAGACCAUGAUCACCGAGGCCUUUGUAUUGGCAGACAAACACCUCAAAUUCGAGGGGGCAGGAGGGAACAUUUUCACAAUGUCCACAGCUAUAGAUGACAUGGUGGCAUACACCAAGCUGACUGACAACGUCUUCGAACAGAUCCUCUUUUAUACUUUGACGGUGCUGGAUGAUCCCAGGAAGGUGAGAGAGCUGACUGAGGCCAGGAAGAUCCUAAUGGAUAUCCUCAGCCGUGACCUCUACAAGUGUGUGGGCCAGCUUUAUUCAGAAGAAGAAAUCCAGGAUACAAAGGCAAUGCAACAUAAGUUGGCAGUUGACCAGGGCAAUCCCCCGGGCAAUAACCUGAAGCCAGACGACUUCAUUGUCAACGUUAUCAAGAUGAACUAUGGCCUGAAGGAUAAGAAUCCCAUCGAUCACGUACGUUUUUACCGCAAGAGUGACCCAACCAAGGCCUUCAAGAUCCCCAGUGGCCAGGUGUCGACGCUCAUCCCAGGACACUUUCAGGAGUGGUUGAUCCAGGUGUACUGUAAGAGGACUGAUGUGGAAGGGGAGAUUCUGAGGGCGGCCUGGGACCGCUUGGAAAACUGGCCCCAACUCAGAAUGAACCAGCCAGAGCCGGAAGCCGAUAAAGGCCCAAACUCAACUUAAGUUUUGGAAAGAACCAAAAAAACUAGAUUUGGGGCAUUUAAUAUAAAUUUGUUGAAGUGUUAAUAAUAAUAAUAAUAAUAAUAAUAAUAAUAAUAAUUUUGGGUAGAUUUGUCCUUUGUUUGGGUUACUAAGGUUUACAUACCACAACGCUUGAUACAUUUUUUCCCAGUGUGUGUUUUGACGUGGGUUAAAAAAAUAUAUAUAUAUUCCGUCUACGUUCAUGUUUAGUGCUCUUUUCAAAGAUUAUGAUAAUGUUGUAUUAAGGGCUUGGGAAUAGUGUUUCAAAGACUGCUUGCUGUUUUUCUCAUCUGUGAAAAUAAAGGUUAACUGAAAAGCAUAUUUUUUAAAGAUAGAAAGUGGCUGGGGAAAACAUUGUGAUAAAUGGUGAAAAAUAAAUAAACGGCUUUGUCCUCAAUGUCUAAAUGUUUCCUUUGUAACCACCAGAGGGCAGCAUGGCCGUGCGUUUCUCCAAGAAGGCAGUCAUCCGUGGUCACCUGUUAAACGUUUCCUAUUUGGAAACAAUUUUAAAAGUAUACGUCAAUCUGUAUUUAAACGUUUUUUAACAAAAUGAAAAAAG